AUGCAAAUUAAAAGAAAAAAAACCAUAACUACAAUAAUUUUUCAACUUAAAAGAAAAAACAUACAUCAACAUUAUUCAAUUCAAUCAGUUGAAAAUAAAAGUAAAUCUCACCAAUUUAAGCUCCCCAUGAAAGAGAAAUGCGACAUGAUCCGGAUCAAAUCGAGACAGAUUAUGAUGUUGAACAACGAGUUUUUUGUAAUUCCUAGCGGUGUAGCAUUCUGGAUUAAUUUCAAGAAACUUUGCGCUCAAAUCCAACGCUUCUUGUGUAUAUAUGCAACCAGAUUUAUCCAAAUCAAACAAAAGGAAAACGAAAGAGAAGAAAGAAUCAACAACAUACAUGCGAUCGCGGUGAUUAGCAAAAAACUGAGAUUGAAGUGCACGAAGCUUUUCGGCUUUGGCUGA